AUGUCUGAGAAACUCCCCCAUGUAUCAGACGGGCCGGCGCCGAGCGACGGCGGCCCGGAGCUCAAGUUUGUCCAGCGAGUCGGGUCUAGUUCCGACGAGGGCGACUCGACGCCGAUUGACGACGACGAUGUGGCUCGUUUGCGGGCUUCGUUGACACGCGAGCAGGAGAAGAAGCUGGUGCGCAGGAUUGACUGGCAUUUGCUGCCUCUGCUGUCGGUGCUGUACAUGGUCAAGACGAUUGAUGCGAUCAAUGUAUCCAACGCCCGCGUCAUGGACCGCGGCACCCCCCGCAACAUCCUCACCGAGCUGCACAUGACGUCCAACCAAUACAACUUUGUCACGCUCGCCUACUACAUCCCGUACAUCCUCGCCGAGACGCCGUCCAACCUGGCCAUCAAGUACUUCAAGCCAUCCGUCUGGCAGGCCCGCAUCACCAUCUCCUGGGGCAUCGUGCUCUGCUGCCACGCCGCCGUCACCAACGCGGGGGGGCUCUACGUCGUCCGCGCCUUUCUUGGGCUCUUCGAGGCCGGCCUCUGGCCGGGCAUGCUCGUGCACAUGUGCUACUGGUACCGCCCCGACGAGAUUGCGCCGCGCAUCGUGCUCGUCACCAUCCUCGGCAACUUUAGCGCCGUCGUCAGCGGCGCGCUCGCCUUUGGCUUCAACGGCGUGUAUGCGCGGGGGCUCUCCGGCUGGAAAUGGUAUGUCGUUCCCGUCCCGUCGACAGUGACCUGGAUGACGGACAAGGAAAAGGCCUUUGUCCAGGCGAGACUGCCGCCCAACUCGCCGCGCGCGGCGGAAAAGAACUUUGACUUUGGCGAGCUCGUCGCCACGCUCAAAGACAUUCGUCUCUGGCUCUUUCUCCUCUGCUGGGCCUUCUUCACCGUCGGCACCACCGGUCUCGCCUUUUACCAGCCCACCGUCAUAGCAAACCUCGGAUUCACCUCCAUUGCCCAGGCGCAGCUGCUCAACAUUCCGCCCGCCAUCUUCGCCAUGUUGCUCACCCUGCUCUUCGGCAUAUUCGCCGACACGGGGCGCAUCCCCCAGCCGUCUAUCCCCCUCGGCUUCAUGGUUGUCAUCCUGGCGUGCUACGGCGUGCUGUACAGCUUCCCGAGCAGCGGCGCCGUGUACGCCGCCACCGUCAUCGCCGGCGGCUUCUCCACCGCUUGGUAUACGAUGAUGUGGCCGUGGCGCGUGCAGACCACAGACGGCGCGACCGGCUCGGCAUUUGCCAUUGCCUUUGCCAACAGCUACGGACAGAUUGGCGGCGCCGUCGGCUCGCAGCUGUUCAACUCCCGGUUCGCGCCCAGGUACACGACGUCGUUUGGCAUCGCCAUGGGGUUCAUCGGCAUGGCCAUCGUCAUGAAUGUCAUUACUUGGCGCGUGACGGGCCGGGUUGAUUCGGAGACGCGGAGGCUGAAGCGGAGCCGGAUUGCGGCGGCGAAGCGUGGCGAGGCGCUCCUGGACGAUGUCGACAUCCAUGCGAAGGGGAACGUGGCUCGUGUAUAG